AUGUAUAACGGCAUUGGUUUAGAUACUCCUCGUGGUUCAGGAACCAACGGUUAUGUCAUUCGUAACCUUUCUUUUGUGAGACCUCCUCCCACAGACAGAGAUCGCAACACAAAUGACUUUAAACAAGGACCUCACAUGAAGAAGGCUAAUUUAGCUAUUUUGGAUCACGAUCGCAAACGCAAAGUUGAGGUUAAAUGUAUGGAAUUAACUAUCAAAUUAGAAGAUGAGGGUAUGGACGAAGAAGCCAUUGAAGAGAGAGUUCAAGAAUUAAGAGAAUCCUUAUUGAAAGAGGUCGAAAAGACGACACCAGCCGAUGCUAGAGAGUAUAUAUCCACUGAAAUGUUACGAUAA